CGUUACGAAGGGGCUCUCCGGUUCUCAGCUCGACAGGCUUCAAGGCGAGUGCUCUAUAGCGGCAGAUCCUGGGGUUGUGUGGUGCACCAGCCGUUUAGGCAUCAUUUCAGCCCAAGCGAAGGCUAGCGGCCCUGGCUGACACGGGGUGUAUGUGUACCGCGACAGAGGGUGGAAACUCCAAUCGAGUCCGCAAUCGGGAUCCUUCCUGUAGAACUUGCUUAUGAAACAUAUGGCUUCAUACUCACAUUCGUCAUAGCUCCCGUCUUGCUUUAUCGGCGCGCCCGUCUCACGGUCCUGUGCGGGGCACACGCCAUCCGUGGUGACUCAAGCAGGGAAUCCAGUUUGGCCCCUAUGUUAGGUUGAUAGCUAGAAGCUUAUGGACGCUGUUGUUGGUGGGCAGAUGGCGGUGGUAGCUGCUGCCGGCGUCGCUAAGUUGGAGGGGGCCACGACUGGUGAUGACCAGCAGGCUUUGAAUUCAUCGUUCCUCCAGUUCUUGAACGAUGAGCUAGUUCUGGGCUCUGAGGUGCUGGAUCACAACACGCUGGAGGCAGUUUGCCAGGUGGCCCAAGCGCCAGGCAGUGGUGGCGGAGCGCAGUCGGGCCAUCGACCGGUCGCUAAGCGGACGCUUGAAGACGCGGCCUUAUCAGACUCGGACGAUGACGAUGACGGUGGAAAGGGCGAAAAGGGUUCAGGGAAGCGCUCCAAGGGCGAGGCCAAUUCCGCGGCAACCAAAAAGGCCUGCCGCGAGAAGGCGAGGCGCGAAAAGCUAAACGAACGCUUUCUGGAGCUGUCGCGGCUUGUAGACCCUGGGAGCGAGCCGAAGACGGACAAGAGCACCAUCUUGGGCGAUGCUAUCCGCUACGUGCAGCAGGUUACUGUGGAAAAUCACCAGCUCAAGCAGCUGAACAAGUUUCUAGAGGAGCGCGUCUGCACGCUGGAGCGGGAGCGCGGCCAGCAGCUGUACCAGCACAGCCUGAUGCUGACGGGGAUGGGCGGCAUGGGCGGCAUGCACGGCGCCAACGGCGGCAUGAUGCAGGCGGGGCAGAUGAUGAUGGCGCCGCCGGGGGCCAUGAUGGCUGGGCCCAUGGGAGGCAUGCCGAUGAUGGCUAUGCCGGCGGCGGCCAUGGGCGGCGCGGCGGCCAUGGGCGGCGCGGCGGCCAUGGGCGGCGCGGCGGCCAUGGGCGGCGCCUCUACCUCGGCGGGACCGCCCAUGGCUCUAAUGUCGGCAGGUAGCAUGUCUGCCGGCUCCAUCCCCAGCGCCCCCACGCCGCCGCCCGUCCCGGGAAUGACCACCAUGGGGCCGGUGGGGCAGCAGCAGCCGCAGCAGCAGGUGCAGGUGCAGCAGGCGGGGCAGGCGCAGGGGCAGAUGGCGCAGAUGCAGCAGCCGCAGCAGCAGGUGCAGGGCCAGAUGGUGCAGGGGCAGAUGAUGCAGAUGCAGGGACAUAUGCAGGGACAGAUGCAGGGGCAGAUGCAGGGGCAGAUGCAGGGACAGAUGCAGGGACAGAUGCAGAUGGUGCCGGCGGGGCAGGCGCAGCAGCAGGCGCAAGGGCAGGGGCAGGGGCAGCAACCCGGCGGCUCGGACGUAUCCAACGGCGGCCCCGCCGGUUCAGCCGGUGGCAGCGGCCACGCGCAGCAACAGCAGCAGCUGCAACAGCAGCCGAGCGUUGCUCUAAGCAUGGGCGUGACCAUCAACACGGGGCAGGUGCAGUCGCCGGUGCAGGUGGGCAUGGCGGGGCCCGGCAGCGCCAUGAUGGCGGCGGGGUCGGCGGCGGCGGCGGGGCAGAUGAUGAUGCCGCCACAGAUGAUGCCUGGGCCAAUGAUGGCGGCCGGCGGCGGCGGCGGCGGCGGGCCGGCGGGCAUGAUGGCGAUGGGCAUGGUGGGCGGGGGGUCGAGCAAGCCGCAGGCGAUGAUGAUGGCGGCUGCGGCGGCGAAUGGCGGCAUGGCGGCGGCGGGCGGCAUGGGCAGCAUGGUGCCGUACCAGGGCCCCAUGGCGGCGGCGUACUGGCUGCCGCCGCAGAUGAUGGACAGCACGCAGGACUCGCUGCUGCGGCCGCCCGCCGCUUAGAGAGGCAGGGAGGGCGGCAGGAGGAGGGCGCGUGGCGUGGAGGCGGAGGCCGUGUGUGGCAAGGGCAGCUGCUGCCGCGGGCUACCCGCACGCGGCAAGGUUGCACCCUGCACGGGCUACCCGCACGCACCGCUGUGCCGCUGCGCCGCUGCGUGGCGCGUGCGGGUGCACGCCUUUAGUACAUGUUUAGGCCGGAAGCAAACGGGCGGUCUGCAGACGCCUGCAAUAGUACAGGCGUGCGUCUGCGCCGCUGUUUGUACCCCUGGCCGGGUUGCGAGGGCGCGCGCGAGGUGCGCUGCGCGUUUUGUGUGGUGUAUGCUUUCGGACAGCACUCGACUUCCCUUGACACGCUAGCGUAAAUGACAUCUCAUCACAAGGACGUCCAACGUGCGUGCCUAUGCCGAGUGUCCGUGUCAACUGUCAAGUAUUGCGUUUCCAAUGCAGCGCAGGCGGGCUCUGUUCAUUAUGGCACAUGCCCAGGUCCAUCAGUAGUCCGCGUAUGCUUGCUGCUCCAGAGCCAUUACGGUAUUGUCGGACAGAGGCCCUCAUUGGUGCUCAGCGCUUCAGCAGCUCCGGAAUGCUACUGGUGUUGUGUCGGCGGGAUGUGGGGUCGAGUUGCGGUAUGGGAAGCACUUGAUGCCGAGCGCAAGCGGAGGGCCCGGUCGGGGAGCCUGGCAAGAAGGAUUGGUAGAAGGAUUGGCAAGAAGGAUGGGCAAGGAGGAUUGGGUAGAUGGCGGACCGACCGUGCUUGGUGUGCAGAAAUGGCACAUGAACCAGAACGAUUGAGCGGUGUACCAACAGAGGGCAGGUGGUGAGACGAGCUGAGGUAGAGGUGCGGGCGGAUUAGCCCGUGGAGAGCGGCGGGUCGCAGAUAGAAGCAUGGGCAUGACGGCACGCAACGGAUAUGGAUAAUGGAGGCCGGGAAACGCAGGUGCAGGGGCCGAGUGGGGCAGGGCAUUACACCGACACAUCGUUUGAUGCAGGGGUAGCGGUCGCGGCCUGCGAGGUGUUUACGAGAAUUGGAGGCUUACUGUGCACUCCCUUACGGAAUUGGAUUCGGCUGGAUAUGCAUGCUUGCAUGUGGCAUGUGCAGGUGCUGUAUUGCACACGUGCGGUGCGGCACGGCAGCGAAAGGAGCCACGGCGGAAGAGCACGGCUGCUUGCGCUUAUAGGCGGGCUGAACAUACAUGCCGCGGCGGGGUUAGAUGCGAAAGGAAAUGCAAGAGGUCUAGAGUGCGAAUGACUGUGAGAGUGUGACUGACACUCUAAUGGGCGGGAUUGCGAGAGAUGAGUGUGCGCGCUUCAUUGAAGUGGGUGCUGGAGUGUGGCUGGGGGAACGUGGGUUCGUACGCCUAUGUGGAUGGCGUGCGGCACGGCACGUUGUGUGUGUGCGGGGGAUGGUGCCCUGCGGGUAAUGCGGCGGAAAGAGAUGCGGCAAACAAAAUGUAAAGAUAUACAUGAUGCCGCGGUCUCUGGCACUUGGCAGGUGCCCGGGCAGGCCCGGGCGCAUGUGGGCGACGGCAGCCAAGGUGCGGGGUUGGGAGCCUGGGCGGGUGGGAGGGCACAGCGACUUGUAGAUGGGGCCUGUGCCUGCUGCAGUCAUGCCAUGUGCCCAGAGGUUUUCCUUGCUGUCUGGUUGGCCUGCUGCCUGCUGCACUAGUGCUUGAUAGCUGGGCGCGACUGGGCACAUAUGGCGGGCGGUGCCUGUACAAACCGACCCCGGCUAUGUCCGGGAGAUGAGGCUAGUAUUGGAACCUUCGGCCUCAGACGGAGGACGUGGCGUGGCGGCACAGCCCACUUUUCCCUUGCGAGGGAGAGCCACCUUUUCUUGUCAUAUGUGUGCCGUACCAGGGCCCCAUGGCGGCGGCGUACUGGCUACCGCCGCAGAUGAUGGACAGCACGCAGGACUCGCUGCUGCGGCCGCCUGCCGCUUAGAGAGGCAGGGAGGGCGGCAGGAGGAGGGUGCGUGGCGUGGAGGCGGAGGCCGUGUGUGGCAAGGGCGGCUGCCGCCGCGGGCUACCUGCAUGCGGCAAGGGUGCACCCUGCACGGGCUUCCCGCACGCACCGCUGUGCCGCUGCGCCGCUGCGUGGCGCGUGCGGAUGCACGCCUUUAGUACAUGUUUAGGCCGGAAGCAAACGGGCGGUCUGCAGACGCCUGCAAUAAUACAGGCGUGCGUCUGCGCCGCUGUUUGUACCCCUGGCCGGGUUGCGAGGGCGCGCGCGAGGUGCGCUGCGCGUUUUGUGUGGUGUAUGCUUUCGGACAGCACUCGACUUCCUUUGACGGGGCUGCACUGCAACACAUGUUCGGAGUUGCAAGCUGUGGCGAAGAGUGGAGGCGCCGCUUGAGCAGGGGUGGGAUGCGAUGCGGCAAGUUCAGCCCUUCAGCAAAAGGGGUGCUAAUGUGGCUGGUGGGUGGUGAACGGGACUGGGGCUUGCGCAGGUGCGCGGCGUUUCGGUGAGCCGUGCGUGGGAGGGAAUUCACCUUAUUU